GACGCACCAAAACGUGUGCGUUCACAAACUGUCGCCGACUGCAACGAUUCUAAAAAGCUUUUGAAAACGACCAGUUUACCGUGUUUAACAUGUUGCCAGUGGGAAAUGGAAACGAUACGAGUUUGUUUUUACAUGUGUUUUGCUUUAUCGUGUCGUGACUGAGAUUCGACCCAUCCGUGCAAGCGUUAAGAUGAAUGUAAUGUCCCGUCUGAUCUCAACGUGACUUUGAGCAAGCACAGCAGUCAUGUGUCAUACUGUACAACUGAAGCUGUAACCCUUGAAUCAAACAUUCCGUCUUAAAAUGCAUUUAAAUGUACCGUUCCCCAUCCUCCGAGGGAGCAUCAGACACCUGAUGACCAGAUCCUCACAGACGUGCAGAGGCAGAGUGACUUGGAGGAGAAAUUACAGUUUCUAUCGAGAUGAGGUGAAAUCACUUAGAGCAGUGGUCAACCCUGACAUCUCAAAAAUCCGUAACAUAGGUAUCAUGGCGCAUAUAGAUGCAGGGAAGACCACCACGACAGAGAGAAUGCUGUACUUCUCUGGCUACACACGGGCUCUCGGAGAUGUGGAUGACGGUGACACUGUAACUGAUUACAUGGCUCAGGAGAGGGAGAGAGGAAUCACCAUCCAGUCAGCUGCUGUUACCUUUGACUGGAAGGAUCACAGGAUUAACCUCAUAGACACGCCAGGUCAUGUUGAUUUUACUCUGGAGGUUGAGAGAGCUUUACGAGUGUUGGAUGGAGCAGUUGCUGUGUUUGAUGCUUCUGCUGGAGUAGAGGCUCAAACCAUGACUGUGUGGCGGCAGGCAGAAAAACAUAAAAUCCCAUGUGUGUGUUUCCUAAACAAGAUGGACAAGCCUGCAGCUAGCCUGAGGUACUCUAUAGACAGCAUAAAGACUAAACUAAAGGCCAACCCUAUUCUCCUUCAGAUCCCCAUUGGCUCAGGGAAGAGCUUCACCGGAUUGGUGGACUUGAUCACUAGGCAGAAAAUGACAUGGCAGGGGAGCUCACUGACAUAUGAUGGUCCUGCUUUUGAGACCAGCGGUCUUCAGCCCUCAGAUGACCCAGAUGUGCUUCAGGCUGUCAGUGAGGCCAGGGCCACUUUGAUAGAACAGGUAGCAGAUCUAGAUGAUGAUUUUGCGGAGCUGCUACUGGGAGAGUACAGUGAAAACUUUGAUGCAGUGCCUGCUGGGAAGUUGCAGGAGGCACUGAGAAAAGUGACAUUAGCUCGUAAGGGGGUGCCUGUGUUGUGUGGAAGCUCUCUGAAAAAUAAAGGGGUUCAACCUCUACUGGAUGCCAUUACUGCUUACCUUCCUGCCCCCAAUGAGAGGAACCAUGACCUAGUACGCUGGUAUAAGGAUGAUCUGUGCGCGUUGGCAUUCAAAGUGGUCCAUGACAAACAGAGGGGUCCACUCGUGUUUGUUAGGAUCUAUUCAGGAAGCAUGAAGGCUCAGUCAGCAGUGUAUAACAUCAACAGGAACGGAACGGAAAGAAUGAGUCGACUUCUCUUGCCUUUUGCCGAUCAGCACAUAGAAAUUCCUUCGUUAUCUGCGGGAAACAUUGCACUCACGGUUGGACUCAAACAGACUGUGACAGGCGACACCAUAGUCUCCUCCAAAGCCUCUGCUGCAGCUGCGGUGCGGCGGGCUCAGAAUGAAGCAGAGAGCAAGAGUAGCUCACAAAGGGAGAGCAGCAGUCUGGCUCUUGCAGGGGUGGAGGUCCCUGAGCCUGUGUUCUUCUGCUCCAUUGAACCUCCUACUCUGGCCAAACAAGCAGAUCUGGAGCAUGCGCUCAACUGCCUGCAAAGAGAAGACCCCAGUCUGAAAGUCAGAACAGACCUUGAUUCUGGACAGACAAUACUGUGUGGCAUGGGAGAGCUGCACAUUGAGAUCAUCCAUGACCGUAUUAAGAGAGAGUUCAAUAUCGAAACUCACCUAGGACCCUUGCAGGUGGCCUACAGAGAGACCAUCCUCCAAUCAGCAGCUGCCACAGACACAUUAGAUCGUACUCUUGGAGACAAGAGGCAUGUUGUUACUGUGGAGCUCGCCGUCCAUGCUCUGAUGGAGUCUAGCACUUCCUGUGAUGUGACUUUUGAGGAGGAAGUAAAAACUCAGCUUUCUGCUGGUGUCAGAGAAGCUGUGGAAAAUGGAGUUGAGAGCGCAUACCUCCAAGGUCCUGUGCUGGGUUUUCCUGUAGAGGGAGUAAAGACCGUUAUCCAGCAUGUAAGUUUGGAGCCAGGCACUUCUGCAGCCAUGGUGUCAGCCUGCGUGUCCCGCUGCAUGCUCAAGGCUCUGAAGCUGGCUGGGGGGCAGGUUUUGGAGCCGGUGAUGGCUCUGGAAGUGACUGUAGGCGAAGAGUAUCUGAGUCCUGUGCUUGCAGAUCUCGCCCAGCGACGCGGUACUGUAUGCGACAUCCAAAGUCGACAGGAAAACAAAUUAAUAUGUUCUAUCAUUUUGUUUGUUUCAAAUCAGACUGUGACAGGCGACACCAUAGUCUCCUCCAAAGCCUCUGCUGCAGCUGCGGUGCGGCGGGCUCAGAAUGAAGCAGAGAGCAAGAGUAGCUCACAAAGGGAGAGCAGCAGUCUGGCUCUUGCAGGGGUGGAGGUCCCUGAGCCUGUGUUCUUCUGCUCCAUUGAACCUCCUACUCUGGCCAAACAAGCAGAUCUGGAGCAUGCGCUCAACUGCCUGCAAAGAGAAGACCCCAGUCUGAAAGUCAGAACAGACCUUGAUUCUGGACAGACAAUACUGUGUGGCAUGGGAGAGCUGCACAUUGAGAUCAUCCAUGACCGUAUUAAGAGAGAGUUCAAUAUCGAAACUCACCUAGGACCCUUGCAGGUGGCCUACAGAGAGACCAUCCUCCAAUCAGCAGCUGCCACAGACACAUUAGAUCGUACUCUUGGAGACAAGAGGCAUGUUGUUACUGUGGAGCUCGCCGUCCAUGCUCUGAUGGAGUCUAGCACUUCCUGUGAUGUGACUUUUGAGGAGGAAGUAAAAACUCAGCUUUCUGCUGGUGUCAGAGAAGCUGUGGAAAAUGGAGUUGAGAGCGCAUACCUCCAAGGUAACAGAAAUGGAUGCUUAAAAGCUUUUAUGCCUGAAUCAUUCAUCACAUCUAUAUCUUCCUGGUACAGUAUUGCAGUCUAUAAAUCUGGAGAUGGUACAGUUGAGUAA